AUGAGGCCGCUGCCACCUGCCCCUCAGGAACGUACAGGUUUUAAAGCAACGGAGGACAAGUGCCCCAUUCGCUACCUGACACGUGAAAGGUGGACAGUCAACAAAUGUAACUACUCUUACAACCCUGGGGUUAUUAGUCCUGUGGGUCAGCUGUUUGGAAACCACCUUCCCAAGGAAAAGCAGUGUGAAGUCCAGUUUCCUGUCUGUCCAAGGAAACCUGAGCUAAAGGGACAACGGGCGCCCGAGCGGGAGCCAGGAGCGCCACUUUCCAGCCCCGGGACCCGCGCGCCUGGCGGCGGGCGCUGCACUGCACUGCGCGGCGCGGCGCAGGGCUCGGACGGCGGGCCUGAACCCCUCCGGAUCCCGCCGCCCACGACGACACCUCAGCCUCCCGGUCCGAGUCCCCGCGCCCGCUCCCGGCUCACUUACCGCCGCCGCCGCCGCCUCCCGGGUCCCGCUCCAGCCGCAGCCAGCAGAGCCCGGCCCGAGUGCAGGGAGCGCGGCGCCACCAAGAGGCAGAGCGAGCCCGGGCCCCGCCCCGCCCGCCCUCGGGGAGGAGGGGCCGGGGCCGCCGGGGUUGGAGAGCCCGGCGCCCGCCCCCACCCCGCCCGAGCCGGCUCGUCCCGCCCGCUCCAGCAGCUCGGCGGGCCCUCCCUGCACUCCCGCGUGUCCUCGCUCCGCCCCGGCGCUCGGGACAAGUCUCCCCGCACCCCGACACCGCGCCUACUCGGCUCGGCCGGGACGCGCCCGCCCCUCUUCCCCAUCCCACCCCAUCAGGCCUCACACGCCUCUCCAGCUACGCUUUGUCCUCACCCUUCCCCAGAUCGGAAUGUCCUCCCACCUCCCCUCCGCCGUCCCCGGGACUCUUCACCUCCGAGCCCAGGCAGUUCCAAAUUCCCCGUCUCCUGGGAGCCUUGCCUGUUUCGCACCCCCGACUUCCCUCUGUCCCUUCCCCACGGCCCCUUGGCCCAGUUUUCUCCCUACCCUUACAGGCAGACUUUUUCUCCCUACCUGGUCGGAAACUUUAAGGUAUAA